UUGCCCUAAUAGACUGUCUAUGUUUUUUUGUUAUGUUGGCUACUUUGUUGAUUUGAAGUUUGUCGCUGGCCAAAAAUUAAUUCUUUUCCCAUCCGUAGCCGAUCGGUGUCGUGCUAUCAAAAUGGGCAAGCCGCGGGGUAUCCGUACCGCGCGGAAGCACGUGAACCAUCGCAGGGAGCAGCGAUGGGCGGACAAAGAUUACAAAAAAGCCCACAUGGGAACAAGAUGGAAGGCUAACCCCUUCGGUGGUGCAUCUCACGCCAAGGGAAUCGUCCUAGAAAAAGUAGGUGUUGAGGCCAAGCAGCCCAACUCUGCCAUCAGAAAGUGUGUCAGGGUCCAGCUCAUCAAGAAUGGUAAAAAGGUGACGGCGUUCGUACCCCGUGACGGUUGUCUCAACCACAUUGAGGAGAACGAUGAAGUGCUAGUUGCAGGUUUCGGUCGUAAGGGUCAUGCCGUCGGUGACAUUCCUGGAGUCAGAUUUAAGGUGGUGAAGGUAGCCAAUGUGUCGCUGCUCGCCUUGUACAAAGAGAAGAAGGAGAGGCCAAGAUCUUAAGUUAACUCUUUUGUGAUAGGACUGCUGGGAAGUUACUUUUAAGAGUAAUGUUUAUAAAAAGAUAAAAUCCAAAUAUGCAAUAAAGUACAUAUUGUAUAUGCCAA